AUGGAAUUAGGAUCAAACAGUCUUUCUUCAUUGGCUCCACCUGUGUUUGAUGGUGAAAUAUACCAGGCAUGGGCUAUCAGAAUGCAAGCUUACAUGGAGGGUUAUGAUUAUUGGGAUUCGGUAAAGAAGAUCUGGGAGUUCCUCAAAAGUGAGUAUGAAGGUGAUGAGAGGAUUAAAGGCAUGAAAGUGUUGAACUUGGUGCAAGAAUUCGAGAGAAUGCAAAUGAAGGAUUCUGAGCCCAUUAAAGAGUAUUUAGAUAAAUUGAUUGGGAUUUCUAAUAAGGCAAGAGCAUUAGGAACCAAUUUAUCUGAAAAUAGAUUGGUUCAGAAGAUUCUAGUUUCAAUACCUGAGAGAUAUGAAGCAACCAUUGCUUCCUUAGAAAAUACUAAAGACCUCUCAAAACUCAAGGUGAUAGAAGUGGUUAGUGAUUUGCAAGCACAAGAGCAAAGAAGGUUGAUUAGACAAAAAGGAAGCAUUGAGGGGGUAUUGAAAGCUAGAUUGCAACAAGGAUAA